UUAUAAGGGGAGGGUGAGCCGGAGUGAAGCGUCCCAAAGAGCAGCCGGCCUCAGAUCUGGCACUGCAGGACGCGCACAAGUCUGUGGAGUCAGCCCUCCUCCGCCUUCUCUCACCAUGCAUCCAGCAAGACUCUCAACUCGGCAGUGACAAGCGUUUCCGAAGUGACAAGUUUUACAGCUGAGUAUUUGCGCAGAAAGGCUGAAAUCGAGGAGAAACUUUGCGUAUUUCCCUGCACACUUUUCUUUACGUCGCUGGCAGUUGGAAGCAGGCGGAGUUAAGCCUUUCUGGGGAUUUUUUCCUUAUUUAAAGGGGAAUAUUCUGUUCCAGUCUCUUCACCAACAUGGAGUACACUUCAUCCCCGAAACCGCAGCUCUCAUCCCGGGCAAAUGCUUUCUCCAUAGCAGCCCUGAUGUCCAGCGGGAAGCCCAAUAAGGACAAGGAGGCGGAGGAGAACACCAUCAAGCCUCUGGAGCAAUUCGUGGAGAAGUCGUCCUGCAACCAGCAGUCCCUGGCUGACCUGUCCUCCCUGGACGGGCAUGGGGACUUCAGCGCGCCCGCCGUGUGCACGGAGCCGCUCAUCCCCACCAACCCAGGCAUCCCAAGCGAGGAGAUGGCGAAGAUCUCGUGCAGCCUUGAGACCAAAGAGCUGUGGGACAAAUUUCACGAGCUCGGUACUGAGAUGAUCAUCACCAAAUCUGGAAGGAGGAUGUUUCCAACCAUUCGAGUCUCUUUCUCCGGGGUGGACCAGGACUCCAAGUACAUCGUGCUGAUGGACAUUGUCCCAGUGGACAACAAGCGCUACCGAUACGCUUACCACCGCUCCUCCUGGCUGGUAGCCGGCAAGGCCGACCCCCCUCUCCCCGCCAGGUUGUACGUCCACCCAGACUCUCCAUUCACCGGCGAGCAGCUGAUGAAGCAAAUGGUUUCCUUUGAGAAAGUGAAGCUGACGAACAACGAACUGGACCAACACGGACAUAUCAUCCUCAACUCCAUGCACAAAUACCAGCCACGGGUCCACAUCAUAAAAAAGAAGGACCACACUGCCUCGCUGCUCAAUCUCAAAUCUGAGGAGUUCCGCACCUUCGUCUUCAUUGAGACUGUCUUCACAGCUGUCACAGCCUACCAGAACCAGCUGAUAACCAAACUGAAGAUUGACAGCAACCCGUUCGCCAAAGGGUUCCGGGACUCCUCGCGGCUGACGGACAUGGAGAGUAGGGAAAGUGUUGAGAAUCUGAUCCACAAGCACUCAUACGCCCGGUCGCCGAUCCGAACCUACGCGGGUGACGAGGAGAACCUGAGCGAGGACGGACACGCCUCACACACCAGAGGCUCAGCGUUCACCGCCUCAGAUAACCUCUCCCUGAGUUCCUGGGUCACCACGACUUCAGGUUUCUCAGGUUUUCAGCACCCACAGUCCCUAUCGGCCAUGGGAACCGGCACCGCUUCCCUGCCCCACCCCAUCCAGGGCUCCCUGCCCCCUUACAGCCGACUGGGCAUGCCGCUGACACCCACCGCUCUGGCUGGAACCAUGCAGGGCAGCGGCCCCUCUUUCCCCUCCUUCCACAUGCCACGCUACCACCACUACUUCCAGCAGGGCCCCUAUGCUGCCAUCCAGGGACUCCGCCAUUCCUCCACUGUGAUGACACCAUUUGUAUGACUCCAUCUUGGAGAGGAGAUGGAUGAACCUCGCUCUGACACUCACCCGUGUUUCGGAGCAUCAAGCUCUUUCCUCACUCCUCAUCCAGUUUGUAUCUUUCCCUUCGGUCUUUGUAAAUAGUUCACCUACAGUAAGUGAGGUGACGGUCGUGACAUAAAGAGGAUGAGGUGUACUGACAGCCAAUCAAAAAAGGACUGUGGCGCCAUCCUUUGGACCUGCGGAAACACCAGCAGAUCCUGUGGUUUCUACGAAUGCUUAAAAGACACUGUACAAACACUUGUGACCUCAAUACAAACUAAAAAAUCUAAUGCAAGGUGAUAACAGGAGCAUGUUUGAUCUUGGCCCUUCUUGAACAGAAAGUGGAUCUUUGACUUAUUUAAAGAAACAAGUAGAAAACCCUGUCUUCCCUUAAACAGGCACUAAUGGUAGCAGGGGCUCGACCGGCUCUAAAGAUGGCAGGCAAUUCUGUGGUUCUCCAAAAUGACUCACAACUCCACCGGAUGGACACCGAGGCUCAGUCUGUGAACAUUUCAGCAUGUCAUCAAGGCGGAGCAGCCAUCUCAGGUUUCCUCUGUUUUGGAGAAAACCAGCCAUAUGUACAGUUGAAAGUCAGAACUUAACACUGUUUCACCCACAGUGUUUCGAAAAUAAUGUCAAAAAACAUGUUAAAAUGCAUUGUACAAAGGCAAACGUGCUACAUUUACUCAUAGGAAAAUUGUCACUGUGGAGUUAAACAAAUAAUAGGACGCAUGCUGACCGCAGUAGACAUACACACUUUGUAUGGAAAAAUAUGAGCCAAAAAAAUAAUAAUGAAAAGGUGGUUUUUGCUUUGUUUAAAGGACCAGUUAAUGGAAGCAGCGAAGUUGCUCAAACCACAGAUGUAUUGAGAGAGCUGGAUAACAUGCUACUACUGCUGAUUUUUUUUCUUGGUGCCCGUUUAAAUCUCUAUAGACACCUGAAACUGAAGGUUAAUAUGAUUGCCGUUUGUUUAAAUAAUGUUUAAUCAGUGAUCUAGAGGUGAUUUGAAAAAGAUCCUAGCAAGAAGAUCUUUUUGGCAUUUUUAGGCAAUUUUCCUUAUAUUUUAGUAUUCCUAAAAAAAAUGGCACUCAAGUGUCUUCAGAGGAGUCACACUUUUAAUUAUGUGUAACUUCAAGACAAAGUACAGUCUAAACUGUUGAGUUACAUAACAGUUCACUUGCACCACAGUUGUCAUGAAAGGGGAAAUUAGCUACAGAGGCCAUAAACAGUUUUUGUCACAGGCUGUAAACCUGUUUAAUUCUCCUGUAAAGUUGGGCAUUUUAACCUGGGUCAGCACUGACUCACUUUAGCAACAAGCCUCAAGUGGCCAUUUGGGGAACUGCAGUUUUUGGCAUUUAAAUUUAUCCCAGUUCUUAUAAUACGUCCAUGGUAAACACAUGCAGACCUUUAAUCUAAGAUUCAUCUUUGAAUUUAACACAAGUCCCACCACGGACCAACAGCAAACUAUCUAGACAGAGGCGGAGAUAACCCAAAGCUAUCAUGGCCUCGUAAUCACCACGUUUAUCUGUGAUAGAAGUGUCAUAACGUCGAGUUCUUCAGCAUUUCAUUUUUUAAUUACCUGAUCAACUUUACUUUAGCAUACAGUGUAGCUCAGUGACUUGUCCUUGACAUCUGAAACCAACGAUCCAACACGUCGUGCUUGCUCAUCUCUGUGGAGUCGAGAAAGUACGCUUGGUUUGACGAAAAUCGUUCGAUUUAAGAAUGAUUUCACACAGACUGAUGAAUUUCACUAUCUUUGUAUAGUGACUGGACUCUAACUAAAUCACUUCAAUGACACCUUUUUUUAAAUAGCUGUAUAUUAAUUUGCUUAGGUUAGUGAAAGUGGUUGAGUGGCCCUUAUAAAUCUACUCUGACUGGCCUCUAAUGGGCUGAAUUGCGACUCAUUCACUGUAGUCUGUUUUAUAUCAAAAGGCACAUAAAACAGGGUGAAAUGUAAAGUAGAAAUAUAAACCCAGACUCCUCCUUGCUUUCAGCCUUUUGGUGGUCUGUCUUCAUUGGGCGUUACAGAGGCUGAAUGUGUGUAUGUGGUGACAAGACACAGCUGGAAAUUUUGUCUCUUGGGUCUCAUUUAAAGCAUGCAGAAAUGAGGAAGUUGGCUCUCACACUCAGUUACAGUCAUUUAUUUUAAAAGCUCUGAUGACACACAACAAGGUCAUUUUAGCCAGUAUCUGUGGUCUAUAACUGAGUCCUAAAAACUGCAGUUGAUGAUAAACCAUCCAGGCCAAUAUGCAGACUGACAUCAAUGUAAUCUGAGCCUUUAUGCCAGAAAAAUCAAAUUAGUUUGUACUCAAAAAGUGAAACGAUUUACCUUAACAGUUCGAUUACUUCAACCUGUGCUGUGGUACAGACUUUCAUUUUAAAGACGAACUCAAAAAAUAAAAAGAAUAAUCCCAUCACUACUGAUAAAAUGUGCGGUAUGGAUGGAGUUUUUUUGCUUGUUUGCGUUGUGUAUUUUGAUUAAAGGUUUCCCUUUAACACUUCUCUGCAGUUGCACAGCGAUCAGCACAGAGAAAAGAUUGAAAUUAAGCUGAAAGAGCAACAUGAGUUGGUUAAACAAACACUGUAAAUGUCCCAGUUUGACUCAUGCCAUAUAUUAACAUCACAUGUAGCCUAACGCAGCAGAACUUGAUUUUAUCUCAGCUGUGUAGUGAGCAAGACGGGGAAAUGUACGUGUUGUGGAAAUCAAAGUCCUUUUCUGUUGUUCACUGAAUGGUGAUUUCCAUGUUGAUGUAAAUGUUUAACACCUCCGAGUCGCAAUUCAAUUCAAUUCAAUUGAUUUGUUUUCGAAAUUGUUUUGUUUUUAAUGCCAUAAUCCAAAUACACCCAGUGAGAUUGUGUUUUGAUGAUUUUUAAGUGCAAUAUAUUUAUUUUAUUCUGCUGUAUAGAAAUAAUGUGUAAUGUACUAUGCCGCAUCUAAAAAAACAAACAAAAAAAAGUUAUUUGUAAACCAUGAGAAAUAUAUAUAUAUCACCACCCAGA